CAGCAGAAUCCAAGUUACUACGAUUUCGAACAUGCCAAGUUUCCGCCUCCCAAUUUGAGCGUAUUCACACCAGAAUCAUUUCAGAUUACACGCCGAUUAGGCACCGAAAAAUUUAGCGACGUUUUUGAAGCACUCUAUGUAGGAUCCAAACCCUUGGUGACACGGCAUGCAGAAAUCGUGAACACUCACCGAGACCAAUCUCCCGAACUGGUAGUCCUCAAAGUUCUCAAGCCCGUAUCACCCAGGAAAAUUCGUCGCGAGCUCCUUGUCUUGCAGCACGCCUCCAAAAUUCCUAGCUUGGUCCGGAUUUUGGGUAUUGUCAUUCCGCCAGAACCGUCCUCCGACCAAGUCACCCUACCACGCAUGCCUUCGAUUACCAACAGUAAUGUUGCUAACCAAAGCGAGAUGUCCCCUUUUCUCAGCGACUACGAAAUACGCUACUACUUGUAUCAUCUCUUGCUCGCCCUCGACAAACUUCAUGCCCAGGGUAUGAUGCACCGUGAUGUCAAACCGCGUAACGUAUUAAUCAACCGCGCUCACCGAAAGGUCCGACACCCUCCACUGACUCUCAUUGAUCUGGGCUUGGCUGACUUUUACGUACCACAGAACGCUUACAAUGUUCGUGUAGCGUCCCGUCACUACAAGAGUCCUGAACUCCUCGUGGGCUUCGAGUCCUACGACUACGCCCUCGAUAUUUGGGGCGUCGGCUGCAUCCUGGCCGGUCUCUUGUGCAGACGGGAGCCGUUUUUCCGCGGCAAGGAUAACAUCGAUCAACUCGGGAGAAUAAUUUCUGCACUGGGCACGAAUGACUUACUGGUCUACUUGCAAAAGUACAACAUCCCGCAUACGGAGAGUCUCCAAGAUUUGUUGGCCAAAUACCAACCUCAUCACCAGGUUCGGCAACCGUGGUUACGGUGGAUGGCCGAAGGGGUACAGAGACCCAGUCGAGAUGGUUUGGAUCUGCUGGAUAGACUUCUUGUGUACGACCACGAAAAGAGAUUGACAGCGCGACAAGCCAUGCAGCAUCCUUUUUUUGAUGUUGUCAAAGAG